UUGCUUGGGGUUUGGGGGAGGCGGUGGUGGCUCUGGAGAAGGAAGAAGAGUAGGGCGGGAGGAGGCAGCCGUGGCGAUCCGGCCAGGGUGAUGGUGCAGGUGCUAAGGGCCGGCGCGGAGCUGCCGCGCUGAGGGGCGACGGGUCAGGAGUCCGCAGCGCCGCCGCGUCGCUCCCGAGGACGGGCGAGCGGGCGGGAAGAUGCUGAGCAGGUUGAUGAGCGGCAGCAGCAGGAGUCUGGAGCGCGAGUACAGCUGCACCGUGCGGCUGCUGGACGACAGCGAGUACACCUGCACCAUCCAGAGAGAUGCCAAAGGCCAGUACCUGUUUGACCUCCUUUGCCACCACCUGAACCUACUUGAGAAAGACUACUUUGGGAUUCGUUUUGUGGACCCAGAUAAGCAGCGGCAUUGGUUGGAGUUUACAAAGUCAGUGGUGAAGCAGCUGAGAUCCCAACCUCCAUUCACCAUGUGCUUCCGCGUGAAGUUUUAUCCUGCCGACCCCGCUGCCCUGAAAGAGGAAAUAACGAGGUACUUAGUCUUCCUGCAGAUCAAAAGGGAUCUCUACCACGGCCGUCUUCUCUGUAAAACAUCGGAUGCUGCCUUGUUAGCGGCCUAUAUCCUUCAAGCGGAGAUUGGAGAUUAUGACCCCGGGAAGCACCCUGAAGGCUACAGCUCCAAGUUCCAAUUUUUCCCGAAACAUUCAGAGAAACUGGAAAAGAAAAUUGCUGAGAUUCACAAGACCGAACUCAGUGGUCAAACACCAGCAACAUCCGAGCUGAAUUUCUUAAGAAAGGCCCAGACGUUAGAGACCUAUGGAGUGGACCCUCACCCAUGUAAGGAUGUGUCGGGAAAUGCUGCGUUUCUGGCCUUCACUCCUUUCGGGUUUGUUGUUCUUCAAGGAAACAAGAGGGUCCACUUCAUUAAAUGUAUCCUGUUUGCCUCUUUUACUGCAGCCAUUCACUGGGCUGGUGGCUUCAAGGAUUUUUCUACAAUAACCCCUAAGCCCCUUUCCUGGAAUGAGGUGACCAAGCUGAAAUUUGAAGGAAAGACUUUCUAUUUAUAUGUAAGUCAGAAGGAGGAAAAAAAGAUUAUUCUCACAUAUUUUGCUCCAACUCCAGAAGCCUGCAAGCACCUCUGGAAAUGUGGAAUUGAGAACCAAGCCUUCUACAAGCUGGAGAAGUCAAGCCAAGUCCGCACAGUGUCCAGCAGCAAUUUGUUCUUUAAGGGGAGCCGGUUCCGAUACAGUGGCCGGGUCGCAAAGGAAGUAAUGGAGUCAAGUGCCAAGAUCAAACGGGAGCCGCCAGAAAUACACAGAGCAGGGAUGGUCCCUAGCCGCAGCUGUCCUUCUAUAACCCAUGGCCCACGACUGAGCAGUGUCCCCAGGACACGAAGAAGAGCUGUGCACAUCUCUAUCAUGGAAGGCCUUGAGUCGCUACGAGACAGUGCCCAUUCCACACCAGUGCGGUCCUCUUCCCAUGGGGACACCUUCCUGCCUCACGUAAGAAGCAGCCGGGCAGACAGCAAUGAACGUGUCGCUGUGAUAGCGGAUGAGGCCUACAGCCCCGCAGACAGUGUGCUGCCCACCCCUGUAGCCGAGCACAGCCUGGAGCUGAUGCUGCUCUCCCGGCAGAUCAACGGGGCCACGUGCAGCAUCGAAGAGGAGAAGGAGUCGGAGGCCAGCACCCCGACUGCGACCGAGGCGGAGGCCCUGGGAGGAGAGCUGAGGGCCCUGUGUCAGGGGCGCGGCGGCGGGUCAGAGCAAGAACAGGUGAAUAAGUUUGUUUUAAGUGUCCUCCGCUUGCUCCUUGUGACCAUGGGACUCCUCUUUGUUUUGCUCCUCCUCCUAAUCAUCCUUACUGAGUCUGACCUUGACGUUGCUUUUUUCCGAGAUAUCCGCCAGACCCCUGAGUUUGAACAAUUCCACUAUCAAUACUUUUGUCCCCUCAGGCGAUGGUUUGCCUGCAAAAUCCGCUCAGUGGUGAGCCUGCUCAUUGACACCUGAGAAGGCAUGACUCCGCCCAAUAACUAGCCGGGUGGAGCAAGGAACCCUGCUACCCAUUCCCAGCAAUGGGACCCAUCGCGGAACCAUCGGCACACACAUCGGCACACACACCAAGUCCUCUCAUGACUCAAAGUCCACUGAGCCUAGCAGGGUUGUUUCCCAGCAGAAGAAAGGGAUAUAGGCUAAUGCUCUGUAAACUGGGAACAUUCAAUUUCUUCAGAGGCUCUUCCGAGAAAGGCUCAGCAACUCAGAUGUUUCUCAUCCUCUUCAAUAUGCAGGAUAAUAUUUGGGUUCGAACUUUUAGUUUUUCAUAGAUGUGUAUUAUUUUGAAAGUAUCCAAAUAAAAGUCAUUUAUUUUACUAUACUGAUGAUGGCAGUAGUGUCGCCCAAUAGAUGGGACACUAGCUGAAGACUCAGACUGUUGUCCUCUGUACCCUGCAAUUUUCUCACUAGUGUCAGUGGGUUCCGGGAGACCCAGCAGGGCAGGCCAGGGCUGUGGGCAGGCAGGAAUGGUUUCCUCGACAGACAGAAAGGUUUAACAAAGUAAACGGUGUAGAAUGAUUCAAUAGAGAGUUGCUUCUUACGAUAGCCUGAGUUGGAUUUUCUUUUCCUUUUGUUUUUUUCAAAUCUGAGCAGAGUGUGCAUCUGAAGGGGCCACAGCUACAACAGCGGCAGUGGAAGGGGUGGGGUAAGUCUAUCCCCUUAGACCAGAGCGUAGUGGGCUCCUGAGUUUUACUUAAUGUUCUGUUUUUCUUUCUGAAGAACCUCGAGACUUCUAGUGCUUCUGGGGUGUUAAAGUGGUGUCCGAGUGUGCACAGUUACCAGAGACCUGUGCUGAGUCACAUGAGAGCCUGCAGAGCCGCAGGGUGCUUGUCUUGUACGGUGUGCCCCCUCCCACCCAACCCCCAAAAAGACUAUUUCAAGCUAUAUUUUAACAGCAAAAUGUUAUUUUCCUAUCUCUUCAUAUUUUGUUUUCACUUUAUGAAUUAAAAGAUGCAAGAGAGACAGAUCUGAGGAAGGCAUCGGGAAGGAGCAGCGGCCUUGGAAGGGACCAGGAAACACUGAGCAGGAUCUCUAAGCAAUGCCUACAGGUGACAGAAAUUGACCGUGACAGAGACCAGCACUUACUAUAGGAAUGCCACCCUUAGGGUCAACCCCUGCCCCUGGAAACAAGGUCAAAGAGAAUUUAGCGUCAUCCCUCAUGGCAGCAUACGUGUGUACACACACACACACACACACACACACACACACACACACGAGCAGCAGUCCCCAAGCCUCUACACUUCUUACCACCAAUAACACAAAUGAGCAUGUUUUCAUCUCAGGGAGACCGCUAAGUCAUCUGAGGCCCAAGGACUCACGUAAAGGACAGUCAAGGGGCACAUUCCUGGGACCAGAAAACAGUGGAGCAGAACAGCACCAAAUGCGGAACAGAUUGGGCUGUAGUAUAUUUGAGCUUCCCUUAUUUUGUUGCCUGGGGUAGAACCAUGACCACAUUCAGAAUAUGACAGCCAUUAAAAGCAACAACACCACC